GUUUUUGCUGCCCAGUAAAGUCCUCACCACUAAUGUCUUGAGCACGCUGAGGCCUGAGGUUUCUGAUGCAGUAAGGAAGGUGCUGUGUGGUCAAAAGCUGCCCCUUGCAAUGCUCCCUGACCAUGUGGAGGAGUCCCUUAGGAUUCUGGGGAAGCAGCUUUCCCCCGUCACACCUAAGAUUUUGCGUCAAACACUGCGGGAGAUGGGGAGCCUCCUGGAGGGAGAAGUGAGCCACUAGCACCUCCUGUGUUAUGCUGUCAUGGACACUCAGUACCGUGACUUGCAUGGCCUCCCACUUCUCCCUCUACAGAAUGGAUCCUGGGUCAUCUUCAACCUUAGGGGCUCAGGCUCACCAGUGUACCUGUGCACACAGAGUGAGGCCAAGGCUUUCCUGGGACUGGAGGGGCAGAUAGCAAGCACUAAAGUGGCUCAGCCUGUCUGCAAGGUUCUACGGGAAGUGGCUAAUUCAGGCCAAACACAGCUGUGCCAAUUCCAGCCACAGCAGCACGGCCCUAACCUGCUCCUGCAGAGUGCCAAGCACGUGCAACAGUGCCAGCCAUCAGACCAGCAGGUGGGACAAUGGCUGUGUGAGGUGUGGGGGCUCCUGCAGCACCUUACUCUACACAGUGUUGAGCACAUCCCCCUGCUCCCCACCUCCAAGCCCCCAAGUGCAGCCUACCUCACCCCCCUCUCCUCCCCUGUGGUAGUGGAUGGAAGAGGUGGUCAGCUGUCCGGGCCCCAGAUGGAGGCACUUACACUCCUGGGAGUGGUGGUGGUCCCUUCGCUGCCAUCACACUUCCGGCACAUAGAGCUGCAGAGUUACUUGUAUUCUGCAGACCGUCAUGGCACUGCCCAGGCCCUCAGCAAGGUGGUGAGCCGGGGCCAGCAGAUGCAGGCAGUCACAAGGUUCAACACCCAGAAGACUGAACUUCAGAGACAGGCAAUAACCAGCCUGAUAGAGACUUCAAGCAUCCAGGUCUCUCUAAGAGGUUUCCUUGCCAAGCUUAAUAUUUUUAAGGCCCAGGACAUCAAUAACUUGAAGCAUGAUUCUUGUCUUGAAAGUGUGAACACCAUUGCUCCUGAACUGAAGGGGUUUCCAGUGAGCUACCCCCAGAAGCUUCUUACACCCACACAGCCCCAAGAGCGGGCACUUGCAUUGGCACUGGGUGCCCAACAGCUGUCCAAGGAGAAUCUGUGCAUCAGGGCAUUACAGAGUUGCAACUCUGAUGAAAAUGUCUUGUCACUGGUGAGAUACAUCCUAGGGAACCCUCACCUGGUGGGAAGCAGCAGUGUCCUUCAGCAGCUGAGGAAUACUAGAUUUGUUCCCAAUGUUGCUGGAUCGCUGUGCCGCCCGUCAGAGCUGUAUGAUGCAGAGGAUGAAGACCGUUGUGUCCUCAUUGGGGAGAUACGGAAGCCAGAUGACUCAUUCAGCAAGCACUGUCCACUCCUGCGCUCCCUGGGCCUCAGGAAGGUACAGGACAUGCCUAGGGAUGAAUUUAUCUGCCUUAUCAAGAACCUAAAGAACAGCCAGCUGUCCAUGAAUGACAAAACCAGGAAGAGUGUGGGGCUGCUUCAGGCUAUGAACCGCCGCGCUGACUGCCUGCAAGUCUGCCAGGCGGUCCUGGGGGUCCCGUUUGUCUUUGGUGCAUCCACCAGGCCUUGUGGAUAUCCCUCAAGUCUGCAGUGGGCCACCUCACCUGGACCACUGGUGCCUCAGGAGCUCAGGAGCAUCCAGUACAGCAGUGUGUUGGGCUCCACCACAGCUUUAGUUGAGUGCCACCAUUAUCCUUCUGUAGCCAGUGCCUUUGGUUGGCUGGAGAUGCCAACUGUUGAGUCAGUCAUUCAGCACCUGAAGAACCUGGCAGCAGCUUAUCAGGUGGCUGAAAGCGACAAGUACUUUGACCUGAUCAAGCAGACCUACCGUCAACUUUCUACAGCCCUCAAUGGAGGUCAGGCCCCCCAGCUGGCCAACCUGAGGAAGGAGGACUGUGUUUUCACCGAUCUUGGCUUCAGGGCUCCUGAUGAGGUGUACAUCAGGCCAGACAAUGGAGAUCUGCAGCUGCUGCCUUACCUCCACUUGCUGCCCUUUGGACUGCGGGAGAGUGAGUCUCUUUUCCUCCACCUGGGUUGUGCGGGGCAACAGAACCCCUCCCUCCUGCUGACAGUGCUCGGAAAGGUGGGGGCAAGACACCAAGAUGGUAGAGGCGUCAUCAGCAGGAAGGAGGUGGAACAGGACAGGCGUCUGGUCAUGACCGUGCUGGACAGACUCCAGCACCACUUGAAGGAGCUCCCUGGCCCUCUGCUAGUGCCUGUGAAGACAAAAACUGACGUGCUGGAGCUGGCUGAGGUGGGGUGUACAGCGUACACAGAAGGGUUGACCACGUGGCUGGACAGUGACGAGCUGGGUGUGAAGGUGGUCCAUGAAUGUGUGAGUGCCAGCCUGGCCCAUGCCCUCGGUGUGGCUCCCCUGCAGAACUUCCUGUCAAUUGGAGGUGAGGCAGUGAUGGAGUGGGGCCAGCGAGAGCCACUCACCACCCGCCUCCGAAAUCUGCUACAGCAGUACAGGGAUGGCAUGUCAAUUCUGAAGGAGUUGGUGCAGAAUGCUGAUGAUGCAGGCGCCACUACCGUCCACCUCCUGUAUGAUGAGCGGCAGAACGAAGACGCCAAGACGCUGCUGCUGAGUCCAGAAAUGAAGCAGUGCCAGGGCCCGGCACUUUGGGUGUACAAUGAUGCCCACUUCUCCGAGACAGACUUUGAGAACCUGCGAGAGGUGGGGGCAGGCACCAAGGAGUUCCAGCCCACCAAGAUCGGCAAAUUUGGCCUUGGGUUUUGUUCUGUCUACAACCUGACAGAUGUUCCAAGCUUCAUCAGUGGGUCAAGCUAUGUGGUGUUUGACCCUCACAUGACCCACUUGAGCCAUGCUGCCAACUCUCCCGGUCUCAGGUUCAACUUUAAAGACCGCCGCAAUUCUUACAUGCUGCGCACACUGGUUGACCAAUUCCAGCCCUUCUCUGGUGUGUUUGGUUGUAACGUGCAGGAGAGUGGUUCCUUUGAGGGUACGCUUUUCCGCCUGCCCUUCCGCACCUCUGCCAGCAAGAUCAGUGACACUUGUUACUCCCGUGGUGACAUGGUGCAGCUGCUGAAAAUGUUCAGUGGCAUGGUGGGUCAGCUGCUGCUCUUCACACAGCACGUUUCCUCCAUCCAUGUCUCCCACCUCAGUGCCUCUGCCUCCACUCCAUCUGAGAUGGUGGAGCUCAUCCAUGCUUCCCGUACACCAGGGCCUUUUCCUGAUGGACCACAGUCGGUGUUGGAACGUGCAGCUGCAUUGUUUUCCAAGCAGAACAACAACUUUAAGUGGAAGGGGAAGUGUUUAGCAGAGAAAAGCACAGCAGAAAUAAGUGUGCGAUACUCGCGCGGCAGUGUUGACCUAUGUGGCCUGGAGGAGGGCAAGUGGAACACCACCUGGGUCACUUCAUGGCACUCUGGGACUGGUAGUGCGAGCAGGCUUGCAGAGACUCUUGGAGGCAAGGCACUCCCUCUGGCAGCUGUGGCAGUGCCAGUGAGGCAGGGCCAAGAUGGAUGGCAACCCCUGUCCCUGAUGGACAUUCCUACAGGGUUCUACCGCGAGGGCCACUUCCACUGCUUUCUGCCACUGCCGGUGAGGACGCUGCUGCCCGUCCAGAUUAAUGGGGUGGUGGAAGUAGCCUCUGAUCGCACCAACCUCCUUGCCAAGACUGAGGAUGACAGACACACCCUUAGCUGGAACACCACGCUGGCUGGAGACUCCAUGGUGCGUGCCUACCUGGGUCUGGCCGAGGAACUGAAAAACCUGGGCUUGUGUGCCGAGAGCCCCUACCAUGCCAUGUGGCCAGUGGUGCAUCCUGGGAUUGACCUACUGGUGGAAGGACUCGCCAGUGGGUUCUAUCGUGCCCUGGAGCAGGAGGAUCUGAAGCUGUUCAGGUGCAGCGAUGGUGAAUGGCACCCCCUUGCCAGGUGCCGUUUCCUGAAGCAAGACUUCUUGCAGGUGCCUCAUGUUGGAGACAUUGCCUUUGAGUUCCUGCAGACAUACUUCCACUCCACUUCAGAGCUGAGGCUGGUGAGGCUGCCCCAGCACAUCCUUGCCUGCCUCAGUCAGCAGGUGUUGUCACAGCAGGUGGUCACCAAGGAGCUCUUUUUCCGUGAGUAUUUUAUUCCCCACAUGUCAGAGGGGCUGGUGAGUCCUGAUAAGAGGGACCAGCUGACACUGCACCUCCUAGACGUUGAACACCCCAUCCUUGAACUCCUUCGUCCCUUGGCCUGCAUACCCACCCUGCCCCACGGCACACUCAGGCUGCCAGUACACCUUAUCAAGCCCGGGGCAAGAAUUGCAAGAAUGUUUUGCGUAGAUGAUGAGAGAUUUCCUGCAGAAGAGUUCAUAAGUUCCAGCAAGAGGUCCAGUGCCUUGGCCAGGCUUGGAAUGAACACCAACAGGCUGCCGAAAGAGCUGGUGGUGGAACGAGCAGAGACUGUGGCUGGCCUGCUUUGUUCUCAGUGUGCUUGUGACAGGCUGAGGGAGAUCUUACAUUAUAUAUCAAAGCUGAGGGAGACUGAACAAGAUGAAUUUAAACACAACCUGGAAUCUGUGCCGUUUUUACCAGUCAUGCCAAAACCAAAGGACUGGAGCAUUGCCUGGCAUGGGGAGUGUCAGGCAGGAAAGAAGACAAAGUGCUGCCCUCAGCAUGUGGGCACUGCACCUGAGAGUCUGGUGUUUGAUUGCCCCUUAGCCCUCUGUUUACCUAAAUUGAAGCCUCUGGUGGGCAGUUGUUGCUUGAUUCUUGACCAGUCUUUAGAGGAAGUGCCAGAGAGAGUCCUGCAGAGGUUUGGGGUCAUCACGUGUGCUCUUGACCUGCCUCUGCAGUCAGUGCUGGAGCAGCUCAGUGUCUUGAGUGCUGCCCCUCCUGAGAAAGAAAAUGUUCGCAUGUGCCACGCUGUGUAUGACCACUUGGAGGAAAUUAUAUCGCGUGCAGGGAGAGGAAGAGCUGUAAACUCUGCAGAACUCGAUAAAAUAGAAAAGCUCAAGGAAAAGAAAAUACUAAUAACAAAGUAUGGCUUCCAGGAGCCAAAAUUGUUUGCACUGUACAGUGAGGUUGACUGUGCCCCAGACUUGUUUUCUGCUUCCACAGAAAGCCUUGAAAAGUACCCAUGUCUAAUGGGCAUGUUGGGGAUCAAGAAAAACUUUGACUAUGAUGCUGUGAUUGGGGUGAUCCAGAAGAAAAGGGAAACCUUCAGUAACAGCCCGCUCAGCACUGAAGAGGUGUCUCAAAUAUCCAAUUUGCUCAGUGUGCUGUACAAGGUGAAGGAACCUGACCAAUCUCUCACACAGGACCUGUACCUGCCAGACAGUAAGGGUCGCCUCCAUCCCACCAAGAACCUCUGUUUUGAUGAUGGGGCUGAACUGAGCUCUGGCCAGUUCCUCUGUCUGCACAAGAGCAUCUCAGUGUCCCCUGACAUGCUUGAGUGGCUGAAAAUAAAGUCCAAGACCAGAAAGAGACUUCAGCAGUCAUCUAACCGACUUCAUUUUGGCCAGAAUGAGCCGCUCACCACCCGCCUCAGGAACAUACUGGAGGACUACCCGUGUGACUCUGGCAUAAUGAAGGAACUCUUGCAGAAUGCUGAUGAUGCAGGAGCCACAGAGGUUGCCUUUAUCAAGGACUUCAGGAACCUUCCAUGUCAGAAACUCUUUGACUCUAAAUGUACAGCCAUACAGGGGCCUGCCCUCAGUGUCUUCAACGACAGAGGAUUUACAGAGAAAGACCUCCAGAGCAUUCAGGACUUGGGAAACAGCAGUAAGAAGGAAGACCCAGCAACAACAGGGCAGUAUGGCAUUGGCUUUAAUGCUGUUUAUCACCUGACAGACGCUCCCUCUUUCCUCACGAGGGGCCCACAAGUUCCACAUGGAGAAACACUGUGCAUGUUUGACCCACACUGCUGGUAUGACCCUGCAGCCACCCCUCAGUACCCAGGUGUGCAGUAUGUUAAUCUGAAUGACCUGAGGUUGGACCACUCUGACUCCUUCAUUGGCUAUCUGGAAAGUGAACUCUCAGAAGAAGGGACAAUGUUCAGGCUGCCUUUGCGCACUACACGAGACUCUCUCAUAGCACCCCAUAAGGUCACGACAGUUGAAGAUGUUGAAAAAAUGCUCAAAGAAUUCCAAAGGAAAAUGCCUCAGUGCCUGCUCUUUUUAAGAAAUGUAAGAAAAAUAUCCAUCAAAGAAGUGCAAAUUGGAGGAUUGUGCAAGGAAGUAUACUGUGUUGGGGCAAAUGUGUCCCAAGAAUCCCUCUUGCCUGCACUGAUCAGGAAAUACGGAGACACUGAGGGGGCAAGGGACCCCUGCAGUGUGGACAUGGUGAGAACCUCCUAUACCAUGAGCAUCGAGGACAGCCAAGGAAGCAGCAGUCAAUGGAUGGUUGUUCAGCAGCAGGGCGUGGAAGAGAAGAACAGUCUGCCUCCCAUAGUGCUGAAUGCAUUCAGGAACAAAACCCUAAACCUUCUGCCUCAUGGGGGUGUUGCUCUUCUGCUGAACCGACAUGAUACAAAGUUUGAGGCCUGUAAUUACCACUCAACCUCCUGCUACUUGCCUCUCCCAGUCAGGUCAGGGCUACCCUUCAGUGUCAAUGGACACUUUGCACUCGACCAAUCUCGUCACAACUUGUGGAUUGGAUAUGAUGAUGCCAAGAGCCUCUGGAAUGAAUGGCUGAUGAAGGAGUUGUUAGUGCCAGUCGCUGUGCAUGCUGUGAAGCAGUUAAGAUCUGAGAGGUUUCCAAGAGAGGAUGAAGGUUACAUGACUGAACAGAUCUACCACAGUAAGGUGAGAGUCUUCCACAGUUUCCUGCCCGUAGCCUACAGUGCAAACCCUAAGGAAUGGAUAAAAUUCAUUAAGUGGUUUUAUGAGAAGGUGAGGGAUAUAGAGUUCCCACUGUUUGACUCUUUCAUCCCAGAAAAUGACUUGAAACCACCUUCAAGCCAACCAAGAUACCAUGGGGCAGAACCAGCCAGGGAGAACAGGAAGGGUCAGCUGAGGUGGCAUGCCUUCCAUGCUAGUGGAGAAAAUUUGCCUGUCUUCUUUAGCACCAUAUCUGAGCAAGACAAAGACCAUAAAGUAGUAGUGCCAGAUGUUUUGAGAAGACUUGGAAUGAAGCUGAGUAGUGAAGGGAUGCUUUUGCGACUCAGAGCAGCAGACCCUCAAUUUGAGUGUCCUCUCCUCUCCCCUGAAACUGCCCUCGCAUUCCUCACAUCCUGGGAUAAAGAUGUUCAGGACCGUUGCUUACCAAGAGUGGGCAACAGUGUGGCUGACACACCUUUCCUGACAUCUAGAAAUGUAUUGAGUGUUCUGAAGUAUGUCACAAAGGCUAAAGACUUCCCCAGCACCUCUGUUGACAAACUACCAUUACUGCUGACCAAUGAUGGUGUGCUGGGGCACUUCAGUGUAGGUAAUCCCGUGUUUUCAUCAACUUUUUGUGACCUCUUGCCAGCCUUCAAAAGAGAAUUUUUAUUUUGUGCUCAUGUGUCAGCAGUUGAGAACAUUUCAAGUUUUAGUAGUGUGGUGAAGGAAUUUACUCCAGCUGACUUCGUGGAGCGAUUGACUCGUGACCCAGACACCUCAGGCCAUGUGGCCAGAGCAAAGCUUCCUCUGGCAAACAAGGAUUGGCUGAUGCGUGUCUGGAGUUUUAUCAUUGACUUCAUUGAGAAAAUGCACCCAAAACACAAAAACUGGAAACAGAGCAAGGAGUACAUACUGCAAUAUCUAGGUGACUGGGCAUUAUACCCGAUAAAAGAGGGAAACCAGAAGUUUUGCAUUCCCAUAAAAGAUGCCUGGCAAGUACUGAAUAUGAGUGGUCAUUCCAUUAAAGAUUCAGUCUUCUCCAAGUUGCCUGUUCCAUUUCCAUUUUGCAUACGUUUUAAACAGAUGGAUUCAAGUCUAUGGGAGAGGCAGGAGAGGCCUUACAUCCCUCAUGAAUUGGAGUUUGAUGCAAGCUUGAAGGAUCCUGUGGCUGCAUUAAAGCUUCUUUUCUUCCACAGAGAAUCCAUUAACAACUUCCUCAGAGGAUGUAGUCAAGGUGGGUCAACACAGAUACAGUCUCAAGAGAUUCUUGACUACCUAGGCAGCCACUGUCAGGGGUCCUCACUAUCCAGGCAUGAGAUCCGCUCCCUGCAGAUGUUCAGUGACAUGACUGGGCAGCUCUUUGACCUUUUGGGCAGAAGUCUGAUUGUUCUUGCGAAUUCCUCUCUCUCUCUCAAUGAACUCAAAGGUCUUUGUGAUGAACUGAGUCUGUUACUUACCUUGAAACCAACAUCUGAUAAUAUCACAAAGCUUUACUCCUACAUUGAACCCAACUGCAUUAUAGAAGAAAUAGACUUGUAUGCAAAGAUCAUCUUGCCCAACAUGAGUUCACUCACAGAAGAAACCAGAAAAUUUUAUCUCGGGUAUCUUAAAUAUAAUUUACCUAAAAUUGGGAGAGAAAAUAAGUGGAGUAAAAGUCAACAGAAGGUUGUAAAAGCUCUGAAGGUUUGUUCAUUUAUUGAAGUUGAUGGAACAUUGAGAACAGCGGAUAGCUUCUACGACCCCUUGAAUCCUGUGUUUGAUGUAAUGGGGGUAUCCAACUUGCCAGAGGCAUGGAGGGAGUGGGAGUGGCGUGACUUAUUGCAGCUUGCAGGAAUGAUACACAAAGUGACCCCUGAGAUGUUCCUAGAGUUUGCAUCAUUGUCACCCAGGGAUGAGUGUGUGAAAAAAAAGUCAGAGGUACUGUGUGAGUACCUUGAUAACCACCUUGAAGAAUUCCAGUCUGUUAAAUCUCAGAUCCUUGAUAAAGAGUUUCUUGUGCCUGAAAAAAAUGAGAUGUUAGAGAGGCUGUUGGCACAUCACCAGACAGAGUCAGGCCUAGUGGCAUUUUCAGACAGUGUUGACCCCAAGCUAGCACACGUCAUCUGGUCCACCAGGAGCCUCCUUCCUAACUAUGCUGUCAAAGUUGCAAGAAACCUGCAAAAACAGCACAACAAAGAUAUGACAAUUGACCCUCCUCCUGUGGAAGACAUUUUGGAACACAUCAUAAAGCUUUGCUCUUCCUUAAAGAAGGAACCAGAAAAGCUGCCAGUCACCGUGAAACAGGUGAUGGAGAGCAUAUAUGAUUAUUUGUCAAAGAAUAUAGAUGGUGCAUUUCAGACCCUCAAAGAUCAAGACAUUCCUUUGGUCCACAUUCCUGACCACAAAGUCUUUGUUCCCAUCAGCAUUGUGGUGGCAAGCCUUGAGGAGGAGAUUCUCCCAUACCUGUAUAAGGCACCAACUUUUUACGGGAAGUUCUUUGAUACACUGAAGAGGCUUGGGAUGCAGGAGAAAGCAUCCAGCAACACUUAUGCCCAAGUUCUGAGGAUGAUUCAUGAUGACAGUGGCCAGAGGAGGCUUCACCCACAAGAGGCCAAGACCAUGAUGAUGGCUAUGAAGGGCCUAGUCAAACACCCUUUUAAAUUAAAAGAUUUGUCCAUCUCUGAGCUCUAUUUGCCAGCCAAAGAUGGGACCUUGAGGAACUCGGUUCAGAUGUUUGUGGCAGAUAAUAUACAACUGUUCUUUUCCAUUAGAGAGACUUUUCAGGAGCCUGUGUUUAUUGGGUUUACAGCCCUUAAGAUAUAUUUUGAGGAAAGUUCUCUCGUGAACCUCCUACCUCAAAGACUACGCCCAAAAUAUCUCUCUGAAGCUUGCCAGGAGAGUUUGAUGCAUGAAGACAUGGAGGAUGUGGCUUCACAGUUCCUCAAUGAAGUUCAUGAGCUGCUCCAAGCAGAGGAAUUAAAGAUUGGAGUUUUGAGAAUCAUUGACCACUACAAGUUGAAAGAAAGUAAGGGACUCACCCAUGAGGAAAGAAAAGAAAUUGUGACUCUGCUGGGAAGGGUGAGGGUGCGGCAUGUUACGAAGAUCACCACCAUUCUCACACUGCACAACAAGACUGUUGGGAAGCAGAACAAAGAGUUCUUCUAUCAGGUGGAUGGUGAAGGGGACCAACAAAUUUUGACUGUAUUCCUCUGCAAGAAAUUUUCCGAAAGAUUAUUAAAUAUUUAUUUUCACAAAGCAUUCAGUUUGUUGCUUCACAAAUGGAAUGUAGACAGGAUGAAUGAAUUCCAAGUUUUGUUUGGUUGUGUUGGGAAGCCUCACUUUAUCCAUCAUUCUCUGAACCUGUCAGAUAUAAAGGCCUACAGUGCUCAGCCAUCCAAUGACCACCUCUUUAUGUGUGAUGUGGGCACCUACUUGGAGGAAAGUUUCCUGCCUUACCUUGACAAUGAGUUCUACAGUUUCUUCAUUGGUGAGGUUGUCUGUCUGAGAAAAUACCUGUGCCGUGAUGAGAGAGAGAAUGAGGAGGAAGAAGAGGAGGAGGAGGAGGAAGGCGACAUCUUUCUGAUUGUGCAGGUGGUUAGGCUGGUAGAGAGGCAUGCCACCUGCCUCAUGAUGGACACAUAUGAGGUGAACACCAGCUUGGAGCAGCCUUGCCUGGUGACUGUCAAAGCCUAUCAACUUUUUAGAUUUGUGAGAAAAGAGAGAAAGGACUUUAGUUUGAUCCUGGCAUCUGCCACAGAGGAUGAAGACUCCAACAUCCAGACAUCUGCAACGAAGGAUGAAGCCUCCAACACCCAGACAUCUGCCACAGAGAAUGAAGCCUCCAACACCCAGACAUCUGCCACAGAGGAUGAAAAUCUGAGUGAAGAACAACUUUUCAGGAAGGUACGAAAGCAAGUCAAAGAGAUAUGGGGAGUGGAUGAUGAGCAGGAAAGACGUCGCCUCCUUCGUCGGCUGUUGUUCAAGUGGCAUCCAGACAAAAACCUUGACCGUGUGGACCUGUGCACCCGCCUAGUGCAGUACAUCCAAUCCCUGGUGGGGCGGCUUGAGCGUGGAGAUCAUAUCCCUGAUGAAGAAGAUGAAACCCAGGCUCCACGCACCAACCCAAGUGAGGCAUACUCACGGUCCUUCCGCCGUCCUGGGAGGCGUUACCGAAGCCAUAACACGGGUAGGGAGUGGAGACCCCGAAGCCAUAACAGGGGUGGGGAGGGAAUGCCCAGGAACAACUGGCACCAGGGGGCUCCCAGGUCUGACUUUCCUGAAGCUCAACGAUGGUACAGGCAGGCACGCCAUGACCUUGGAGAAGCUGAAGCGAUGGCAAGACGGGCGAAUUCCUGGGCGGUGUUCAUGUGUUAUCAGGCUGCGGAAAAGAUUCUUCUCGCCACACUGUACUCACAAGAUAUGGAAGAGGCGUGCCAGCAGAAUAACACCGGGCCACUCUCUCGCACCUUGAGCACCCUUGCAAAUCUCCUGAACAACCCUCGUGCUCGCCACUUGGCCGACAGCAUCCAGCAUAUUGUGGGCGACUUUCUUAAGCCUCUUUACCCAAAUUAUGCUUCCUGUCCCCAUGAGUGCUACAGUGAUGCUGACGCCCACCAGUUGUUGGAGAAAACGCGAGAGCUGUUCAAUGUCUUGGAAGAACAUUUUGUGUGAGAUGUCUUGUACUUGGUCAUUCCAGUCAGCAGUAAUUUCUUAGAUAUGAAUAGUAAAGUUGUAUUAUUUCAGCCAUAUUCCAAUCUCUCCUCUAUGAAAAUACUUUCAUUAUUAAUUUAAAAACCAAUGGCAGCUUUCAAACUGCCUGCAUCGAAUUCCACAAACUAGUAAAAUGUUUUUCAACUUAAAAAUUCUACAUUGCAUCCAAUUCAAUUUUUCUUGGUUUUAUCAUACUAUUAUUUAUGAAAUUACCAUGUUUGAUGUUAUAAACUCUUAUCUUCAUUAAAUUCCACAUACUAUACUUCCAGCUCUUCUUUAUCUGUUUUCCCCAUACUAAUAAUAACUUUGUAAUUAUGUUAGAUGUCAUUGACCCAUAAAAGGAGUUCAUGCCUUUAUGGACCAGUGAGCUGAUGUCAAGGAAAGGUUUAGGAGCAAAGCCCUUGCUCACCUUCCAUACCCUUUGAUUCUCUCAUAUAUUGCCUUGUGUAUCUCUCUUCAUUUCUACUGAAUCUCUCUACAUUCCACUCUCCUGUUCCCCUUAUGCUUUCUCCCCUUUUUCUGGCUUCAUGCAUUUAGCUUGCAUUCUUAAAAAAAGAGAUGUACAGUGAAAACAGAAUAGCGACAUUGUUUUUGCAUGGGUCCUGCGGGGCCUCUCCUCCCUUCUGCUCUGCCACACCUGUCCUUUUCCUCUCCUAACCUAUAGGCUUCAUAUGAGAGGAAGAGAUAGGUGUUGGGACUGACAGUGGAGGAGAGGAGAGGACCCGCAGGAGCCAAUGCAAAACUGAUCUCGCCAAUCUGGUUUCACUAUAUAACAGUAUUAAGAAGGUAAUUAAGGUAACAGUACAAUGCUCAGAAACAAGGAAACUUAUUAUUUAUGUACUAAAUGUUCCUUCACCCAGUUUGGUAAGGGAUGUGUGUGGGAAGUUAGUUUGUUGGCAACUUCUUUUAUUUCAUCAGUCAUCAAAGCAAUGAAUGUGAUAAGCUUUUUUAUUUGAUUUGCAGUUGUCAUUGAGCACACUCUCAGAAGUGUAUGUGAUAGACUUGUGAUGAAUUCUUAUCUUGCUCAUUAAUCGGCACUGUGGGUGAUGAAGCUUAUUUAUAGUGUUCUCUGAUUUUUUCACGAGUAUGGAAUAGAUAUGUGAUAAAUAUGAUUAUCCUCACAAUAAUGGCUGUGACAAGUAUUUCAAGAUUCUUGGCUUAGGAAGCAUUUAUGUAAGAAUGUGUUUGAUAAGGGUUGUCGGAGCUGGGCUGAUUAAGGCUCGUUACCGAGCAUUGCAGUGUUUAUCACCAAUUUUUUUUUUUUCCAUUGCUGAAUUUACACCAAAGAUAAUUUUUCCCUCACCAACCUUGUAUAAUGUGAUAUAAGCCAUGCACCUGCCUCAAAAAUGAUUAUUAUUUUCAGGCUGCGUGGCUAACAAAUCGAUUAAGCAGCUGUCAAAGUCCCAUGCACUGUAGGUAAUGAUUAUAUAAUUAUCAAAGAGCAUUUCCUUUGCCAAGUAUUUCCUGAGUUAGUAAUGGAAAAGACUGCCUGACAACCCUGUUCUUGUUUCUUCAUUAUUUUUACAAUUAAUCAAGAUGUGGCUGUUUCAAGCAUUUCUUCAUUGACUGUUACGUGUUAACCCAUCCUCUGCGAUUGGCAUGGAUUUGGCUGUCGCUAGUAGCCUGGUAACAUAAACUCUUGGGUCUUUCUCCGCCUCUAGUGGAUAGUUGAAUGUUUCCUAUGUGGUAUUACUAUUAUGAUGGAUAUCCCCUCCCAAGGUGCAGGACUACAUUUUUCUUCAUUGAAUUGUAACAGCCACUUUUUGUUCCAUUCCUGUAGCUUGAUGUCUUCUUGUAGGAAAUCCUCAGUCAAGGGGUGAACUCAUCUUAGGCUGUUACAUGUGCUAAGACCCUGGCAUCUUUUGUGUCACGUCCACAGAGAAAUGCAACAAUUGCUUAGAUUCUCAUAUCAGUAUAACUAUAUGACAAAAAAGAUUCCAGAAGAUAUGCUCAUGUAAGACUGCCUUCAUAAUGUGCAAGUGCCUCCUAUAUCUUAUAAGAUCUAUAAGCCUUAAGUCUGUAUGAUUAAUAUACAUUAUUUCCAGUAUCCUUAAAGAUGUGUAUGCCUUUCAAAUGUAUGUGAUAACUUUUUUUGCUGGCCUUUUUUAGCAGGCUUUUUAUUCCUUUUUUUUUUUGUUUCCCUUUACUGUAAAAAAAAAAUGAAGCGGAUUUGCCCUAUAAAUGUUUCUUGGUAUUCGUCUCAAGAAGCAAUGGAUUAACAAAGGUAUGAAUUUCAAGGAUUAAUUAUUUUGCCAUGUUUGAUGUGUGUAGUUUUGCAUUUACUUGUUAGAAUUAUAAGCCUUUUAAGUGUCAUCCACGAACACAGGAAAGCACAGAACAAUAUCUUUGAAGUUUAUUAUUAAAGGAGAAUUGUAAAUA